UCCCCACUACGCGACUGCGAACGCCGCGCCGCGUCCGUUCGCGUCAUUGAACAACAAGACUCGCUCGAUGGCAGAUGUCUCCCUGCCAAUAUGAAAAAAAGAACUGCAAAACUCUGUAAUGAAAUACGCGAUAGUGAAAUUAAGAUGUUAUUUUAUUAAAUAAAUAAUUUUAUUUUUAUAGUGUAAAUAACAUUAUAACAAAUUUUAUUUAUUAGUGAAUUAUAGUAAAUUAUUGUAAACGCGCUUAUCUCUGGUACCCUGUGAUUGUUUUAUUUUAAAAUUUACUGCUAAAAAGAAAUUCUAAAAUUGAGUGACGGUGCGGUGCAAUCUCGAAAUGUUUGUCAAUCGUAUUUGAUUUGUUUAUUAGUGACUAUAUAUUGUGUCAUUAAAAGUGGAUAAGGGAAUACAACACUGCCUGUCAUCGGUAGGUGAAAAACCUACCAGAAUUAUUGUGGACGACACUGUUUCAAAUAUGUGUUGUGAUUUGCAGAUGCUCUCGGUACAAGCGCCGGGGUGCGCGGGCAUGGAGCGGCUGGGCGCGCCGGGGGGGCCGCGCCUGCGGCACGAUCACAGACACCAUCAUUCCACACUGGAAUGGGAAAAACAGCAAAAAUUGCAAGCCAUGGUGGGGCGGUUACAAGAGAUGGUGGAGCAAGAGACGCGCGCGAGAUCCGCAGCCGCUGCCGAGAGGCUCGGUCUACCGCCUAGCAUACAGCUGCCCGAUGGCGAGUACGGCCAGGAUGCGCAUCUACAGCUCCGAGUCGCUUAUCAGCAAGCCGAGCUGACAAGGAGCAGCUUCCAGCCUCCACCGAAUAAAUGCGUGAGCGACGUGCCCGAGUGGGCGGGUGCAGCAGAAGCUGUAGGCGCGCGGCGCGGUGGCAAGAAAGACGGUCUGCUGCAGAAAGCGACGCGAUGGUGGGUGCGUAUGGGCGCACGCGGCUCGCCGACCCUGCUGCCGAGCGCACCGCCCCGUGGCACACCGCCCCGCCCUGCGCCGCGCACGCCACCACGCGCUCCAACCCGCGCGCCGCCCGUGGUCAUGGUGCCCCGCCGCGCCGCGCCGCCCGCUCCGCCCGACGCGUGACGCCGCCGCCCGCCCCACUCCACGCUUACAUUCCAUUACCGGGCGUCUCCCGGAGUAUUAUAGACUUGAUAUUUAUUUAUUCGGGAGCGGGCCGAUUGCGCCGCGCCUCCGCGUUCCUCGCGCCGUCUUUGAGUUUCGCGAAAACUAAGACUGAAAUGAAAUAAAAUGACGUAACGUCGCAGAGUCCGCGUUCGAGUAUGUCCUCAUAGGUAAAUUUGAUUUGGACAGAUGCGAUCGAAGCGUGAUUGUGUUCGAUGAAUCUUUCGAUUGUAAUCUUCGACGACGUUGAUAUUGUGGGAGGUGAGCCGUCGUCUCGCAGUGUACGGUUCGUCGAUGUAUAAGUGACCUAUUGUAACGUGUUAUUUCUAUCUGGCAGCUCAGAAUCCUGUGUUUAAACAACUUUUAUAUUUAUUUAUGAUCGCACGUCAAGGAAUGCAUAUCAGUGCGGCGAAUGCGAGAAAUGUUAAUUUACGACGCAUAGUAACUAUUUUAUUGUAAAUAUUGUAUCUAAUUUAAUGUUAGAAUAAUUGAUGGCCGAACGCCACUGUCCGAGGGUCUUUUCAAAUGAGUGUUUGCUACAUUCCAUAUUUAUGUUGAAAUAUACCUGGGUCCCCCUCCGGUGCUCUCCCGUACUUCUACACCCCUCAUGGUGACAAUAAUUAUUAUUUACCGUUAUCGACUAGUGACUGAUGUUUAAAAGCAGAGUAAUAAUUGAAAUCUCACUAGGAAAUAGAUAAUAAAAUGUUAAAAAAAAAAUGUUUUAAUUAAUUAUAAAUUAGCUAUUUAUUAUUUAUAUAUCGAGGUCAGCUACUCACAGUCUGUAGAAAAUAUUUACAAGGUGUCCGGCCGCGUCACCGUCCAGAAUGUGAGCAGUUGAGUCUGUUAAAAGUUUUAUAAUUAAUUAUAAGCUUCGUCAAUCGUUCACUUUGUAUUGACGCGAUUAGAGCAAUUUGAACGUGUUUUGUCUCCUAGUCCCAUUAUUUUGACUGACACGACAUAAAGACAAACACAGGUGAACACGCAACGAGUCGCUGUCGACGUUCCUGCGCGCGGUUUGAAACUGCAACAUAUUUUUGUACGAACAUCUUAUAGAUCGAAUUGAAUAGGGGAAUGUUUACAGCUCGCUCCUUGUUGAUUUUGAACUGAAAAUAAUUUACAUGUUGACUGGCAAUUACGGGUUUUAACGUAGUGGCGUGAUAGUUUACUGUCACCAAGAUCCGGCGGCUAAAUAGAGACACCUUUGUCACACAUUUGUGGAGAACUAACUACUGUACACGGCAUACAGACAUUGGCGCGUGUAAC